CGUUCAAAAGCCGUGCGGUUAUCAUUCUUUCUUUGGCCUUCGCAAAGAUAAGUUAUUGAAGUUUUUUUUUCACGGUGGGGAAUUUCAACACGAUGCCGGCAAAAGCAGUCUGCGUUCUAAGCGGUGAUGUCAAGGGCACCAUUUAUUUCGAACAAAAUGGGGAUUCUGAUCCAGUCAAAGUCACCGGAGAGGUAACUGGACUGAAAGCAGGCAACCAUGGUUUCCACAUUCACGAGUUCGGUGAUAACACCAAUGGUUGCACAUCGGCUGGUCCCCAUUUCAACCCACACGGCAAGGAACACGGUGGACCGGAUGCAGCCGAAAGACACGCUGGUGACUUGGGUAAUGUGGUGGCCGAUGCAAGUGGUGUUGCUAAGGUUGAUAUCACCGACAAACAAAUCUCUCUGUCGGGACCACUGAGCAUUCUUGGUCGCACAGUCGUAGUGCAUGCCGAUCCCGACGAUUUGGGUCUCGGUGGUCACGAACUGAGCAAGUCCACCGGAAACGCCGGGGCACGUCUCGCUUGUGGGGUGAUUGGAAUUUGCAAAGCAUAAAUCCAGAAAAAAAACAUUCGAAUGUAAUUCAUAUUGCAUCAAGAUUAACCCCUUGGGAUGUGGAAACUGUGUCCUUGAAAAGACUUAUCCUAGAUGGUCGCUAGAAGCGUAUAACUAAGCCCAAUAUCCAAUAUCAAUAACAUUCAUUUUGGUUAUGUCAAAUAAAAAAGCACUCUGUUAACUUCCAAACAA